AUGGUGACAAAGUUCUACCAGCAUGUUCUGGCCAUGGUGUUUGCCAUAAAAGAGAUUAAUGACAAUCCAAAGAUUUUGCCUAAUGUCACCCUUGGAUUCCAUAUCUAUGACAGCUACUAUUAUGAGAAGAUGACCUAUCGCACCACUAUGGACCUGCUCUUCAAAUCUCACAGAUUAGUUCCUAACUACAAGUGUUCACCCAAGAAAUUAAUAGCUGUGAUUGGAGGACUUGGCUCUGAUGUCUCCAACUGUAUCACAGACAUCUUAAGCCUCUACAAGAUCCCACAGUUCCCUUAUGGGUCAUUGGAUCCAGAUCACAUGGAAGAAGUACAUUUAUCCUUUUCUUACCAUGUGGCCACUAAUGAAACCCGUCAGUACAUGGGGAUUAUCUGGUUACUCCAGCAUUUUGGAUGGACGUGGGUUGGGCUUUUUUCAGUAGAUGAUGACCAUGGAGAACAUUUCUUAAAGACCAUGAAACCGUUGUUUUCCAAGCAUGGAAUCUGUCUGGCCUUCAUAAACCAAAUGCCACAAAAAAUACGUCUCAAUGACUUGGAUGAAAUAAAUAACAUGUUCUCAAAGGUUUAUGUAUCUUUCAAAUUGAGCAAAGCCAGGGUAUAUGUUGUCUAUGGAGAUACUCAGACCAUGACAUUACUGAUCACUGUAACAUGUUCAUUAAAUGAGGAACAUAAGGGACUCACCUCUGUUGGAAAGGUGUGGAUUACAACAAGCCAGAUUGAUUUUGCUGUAACGAGACUGGAGAGGGGAUUUGAUCCGACCAUUUUCCAUGGCACCAUUUCCUUGACAAUUCACUCACAGGAGAUUCUAGAGUUUCAAAAAUUUCUUCACAUCGUAAAACGUGACAUGACAUUAGGAGAUGGAUUUGUCAAAACCUUCUGGGAAGAAGCAUUUAACUGUUUAUUUUCAAGUUCACUAGUGGAAAUAAAUAAAUGUACAGGAAAGGAGAGGCUGGAAACUCUCCCUGUGCCUGUUUUUGAUAUGUCCAUGAGUGGCCAUAGCUAUGGCAUCUACAAUGCAGUCUAUGCUGUGGCCCAUGCAUUGCACAGCAUGUAUUCAUCCUGGUCUAAUUACCAAUCAGUUCUGCAAUGCAAAAGUACUGGAUUCUGUGAUCCCCAGCCUUGGCAGCUCCACCAGUUUCUUCAAGGAAUGUCAUUCAACAACUCCGCUGGAGAAACAGUGUCCUUUGACGAGAACAGGGAAAUGGGAGCAGGCUUCGACAUCCUGAACAUGGUCACCUUUCCAAACAACUCCAUCAUUAGAAUGAAAGUUGGAAGGGUGGAUCCCAAAUCUCCUGAAGGGAAGGAAGUCACCCUACAUGAGGAUUUACUUGUGUGGCACCAGGGGUUCAACCAGACACUGCCUGUUUCGAGAUGUAGUGAUGCCUGUCAGCCUGGUGAUCAGAAAAGAAAGAAAGAAGGAGAGCCAUUUUGCUGCUAUGACUGUGCUCCUUGCCCAGAAGGGAAGGUUUCUAUCCAAAAGGAUAUGGAUGACUGCACUAGUUGUUCAGAAGAUAAAUAUCCGAGCAAAGACCGAGACCGAUGUAUUCCCAAGAUGAUAAGCUUUCUCUCCUAUGAAGAACCAGUGGGGACCUCUUUGGCUUCAGGUGCUGUUUCCCUGUCCUUAAUCACAGUUUUGAUAUUAAGAACUUUCAUUAAGCACAAAGACACUCCCAUUGUCAAAGCCAACAACCAGGAUCUCACCUAUGCUCUCCUCAUCUCUCUCCUGCUUUGCUUCCUCUCUUCUUUCCUCUUCCUUGGACGACCAAGCAAGUUGACCUGCUUUCUCCGACAGUCUGCUUUUGGCAUCAUCUUCACCUUGGCAGUUUCUUGUGUCUUGGCCAAAACCAUCAAUGUGUUUAUAGCUUUCAUGGCUAUCAAACCAGGGUCCAGCAUGAGGAAGUGGGUGGGGAAAAGACUGACCAUCUCCAUUAUCCUUUCCUGCUCCAUUGUCCAAAUGUGUAUCUGUACAGUGUGGCUAGGAACCACUCCCCCAUUCCCAGAUUUGGACACAAAGUCCAUGACCACAGAAAUCAUAGCAGAAUGCAAUGAAGGGUCUGUGGCCAUGUUUUAUAUUGUUCUGGGCUUCAUGGGACUUCUAUCCUUCACAAGCUUCACCGUGGCUUUCCUUGCCCGGAAAUUGCCAGACAGUUUUAAUGAAGCCAAGUUCAUCACCUUCACCAUGAUGAUAUUUUGCAGCGUUUGGCUGUGUUUUGUUCCAACCUACCUGAGCACCAAAGGGAAAUAUAUGGUAGCCGUGGAGAUUUUCUCUAUUUUAGCCUCUGGUGCUGGGUUGCUGUGCUGUAUAUUUUUCCCAAAAUGCUAUAUUAUAGUUCUGAGGCCUGAUUUGAACAGAAGAGAACAAGUGACAAAUGCACUACAUAGUGACCAUAAUCCACUGCAUGUAGUAUUAGGUUGCUCGGAAGAAACAAUUAGGGCACUUGAUAAGCCCAAAGGAGAUGACUUAGUACAUAGGAGGCCUAAAUGGUCGACAAAUAUUCAGAAAUUAGUUCAUGAAGUUCUUUCUAAUGAGGGAAUUACUCAGGAACUUUUGGACUUAAAAAUCAAGGAUUCCAACGUGAUCCCCAUUUAUGAUGAAAUUGUGAAAUGUUUAAAAUCUGCACUUUUCAAGGGGAGUUCUGUUAAGUCAACUUCUACCCCCUGA